AUGCCGCCAUUGGAAUGGGACAAGGUUAUGGCGACUGUGCCAGAAAAGAUCUCUGAGGAUGACUUAGAGGAUUUCUAUGAAAGCUUUGUCGCAUAUAAUCCUUCUGAACAGAGUGAUCCUGAAAAACUAAGGAAACUGUUUGAAGUCAGCAAAGUUGUGAUGAAAACUAAACAUGAAUCGAUUGAAGAAACUAUUCAGAUGUUUGAAAAAGAAACCGUUGAUGCGCAGAAGAAAGAGGAAGCUCAAAAUAAAGAAAUUGAUAAAUUGAAGAAGAAGGUUGCAGAACUUGAAAAAUUUGGUCCGGAGUCUGGUGCUGGAACUGCUCGUGGAACUCAGGGCGCACUAAGAGAUCAGGUGACCGACUUGGAGAGAAGACGAGAGGAACUUGAACAGGAUGUUAAAGAUCUUCAACGAGACUUGGCUAGCGAAAAACGUGCAGCAGAGAAGUAUAGCGAGCGAAUCAGCGAACUGGAGAAGAUACAGAAAGACAUGAGAGAUGAAAAUGACCAGCUGCGCCAGGAUAUCAGUGAUUACAAGAUGCAGAUGCAGUCACAGAAAGAUAACUUAGUGUCCAAGCGUGGAGACGAGAUUGAGUUCCGAGACAAGUUGAUGAAAAAGAAUCAUGAGAUGGCGGAGGCUAUGGAGGAGCUGCAGAAUCUGACAGAUGCUAACGAGAUGUAUGCCAAGAAGAUCGAGGAGCUGGAGCAGAGGAUGAAGGAAGCCAUACUCGACAUGGAUCGUACUCGGGAGGACAAUCUCAAAUUAAGGAAUACCCUUCAGGAGAUUGACAAAGAUACGGACAAGGUGCGCAAGGAAAACGAAGUGCUUAAAGCCCAGGUGCAAGAUCUUAAUGAACAAGUGCAGUCAAAGACCGAUGCUGAUGAUGCCAUCAUGGUGGCUGUCAACAACAAAAUAGAAGAGUGGAAGGUCAUUUUAUCAGAGAAAGACGAAGCCAUUGUUGAGUUUCAAGAGCAGGCGAUCCACCUGAGAGAACAGCUCAUUGCAGCAAAUAUGGAUGCAGAUAAGGCUUCGGUGGCCGCACUGACUACCGUUAUUAAGGAGAAAGACAAACAGAUUGAGGAACUUACGGAGAAAAUAAAGGCCUAUGUUGACGAGAUGGAAGCAAACACAGCACUGGUGGAAGACCUGAGGAAAGAACUCACUAAAUCUGGGGCAGGACCAGGUGACCGACAACUACACCGAAUUAAGGAGCUACAAACUGACCUAGAGUAUGAACGAAAGAAGUUAUCUGAAGUCAAUAAUGACAUCAAAGUGGCGGAAAGAGAUGCAAGAGAGAAAGACAAAGAACUCAGUGAUGCUUUGGAACGGAUGAGAAAGUAUGAGGCUGGAGAGUAUGGAUUGGCUGAAGCUGUCGCAGAAAUCAAGGAAGGCAAGAAUCAGAUCAAAGUUAGAGACAGACAAAUUGAGGAGCUUACGCAAUACAUAAACAAAGUUGAAAUGAAGAUAAAUGACAUGGAAGAGGAGAAUGAAGACCUCCGUUACAGACUUGGACUUGACCCUCGGGAGCCUCUUGACCUCACACAGUUUAGGAAAAAUAAGGCUACCAGGAAAGAAGAAGAGAAAGCCCUAAACUUUAUAUUGCAACAGGAGGUGGAAAAACUGGAAGAUGAAAGAGUAGUCUUAAAGAAAAAGAUCAGGAAACUCGCCCAACAUACAGGACAGAGGGCGGUAGCACUGGGUUUAACUGCAGAUGACAUGAUGGCUGUGGCAGACUUUCAGGAGGAGCUCAAGGCAACUCGGGUCAAACAGGCAGAAGCCACUUCUACGGGCGCUCAGAUAAAACGGGAGGUGGAGAGUGAAGAAAUGGAAAUGAGACACAGGGAAGCUGGAGAUGAGUUUCGGGAGAAUAUGAGAGAGAUGGACAAACUAUACAGGGAAAAUGCAGAGUUCAAAGUCAAGGUUGAUCAACUGGAAACUGAAAAUAGACAACUUGAGGCUGGACUAAAGGAGGUCCUAGAGAAUCUACAAAAGUAUAAACCUGAUGAACAGGGUUUGGAAGAUCAGGUGAUGCAGUUUCCUACAUUAGAGAGAAUGCUUGCGGCUAUUGAAGCCAAGAGUGUGAUUGGCAAGUAUGACACAUCACUUUACCUGAAAGCACAGGUAGAUAAUCUCCAAGGACGUAAUGAUGAGAUCCGUGGAGAACUUCGCGAGACUCGACAUGAAGCCAACAAAGCGAGGAUGGAAGUUGAGAAAAGCCUGGAGAAGAUCGACCAGCUGGAGGCUGAUCUAAAAGCGGCUAAAGAAGCUGGUGGUGGACCAGGUGUGUUCCAGAAACUACCUCUCCCAGAUUCCAUGGCCAUCACCAGUUCAGAGGUCAUUUCCAGUCUUAACGAACAUCUGAUUACUGUGCUACAGGAAUUAUCCUUGAAGGAAGCUUGCAUGAACAAGAUGGAGACUGCAUUGGAAAAUUACAAACGAAAAUUUGCUGUCCUCCGCCACCAGCAGGGACUCAUGUAUACAGACUACAUAAAGGACAAAAAGGAAUGGGAGAAGGAGACGGAAUCAAUGAUACAACAGAUGAAAACAUUAUCCGCUACACAAGAGGAAGAUAAAGUCAGAAUUCAGGAGUUUGAUAGAAUGAUAGACACACUAUCUAAGGAUGAACCAGAGGUACGGAGACGUCUUUCUGAAAUGACUCGGAGGAUCACUGUUUUACGUGUCAACGAGAAAGCAUUGACUCGAAGAUAUAACAUAUCUGAAGAGGUGGAAUCACAACUAAGGAAGGAAAUCAAUCACUACAAGAAUGAGAUGGCAUCAAUGGAAACAUCGGUAUCGGAAAGACUUGGAUACCUUCAGAGAUUCAAGGAUAUGGCCACUUUCAAGAUCUCUGCACUGCAGAAAGCUUUAGAAGACUCUGUACCUGCUGACGACCUUGAACUUACCAAUAAGAAAUUCCACCAGCUGACUGAGAAAUAUCGAGAUGGCUUGGAGAAGGAGAACAGUCUGGUUUCCAAAGCCGAUGUUAUUACAGGGCUAGAGGAUGAAGUUAAACGCCUGACAGAGGACAAUGAUGUUCUCAAGAAAACUCUGGAAAUGGAGAAAGAGAAACUACAUUCCCUUGAAGCAGCCAUGGAGGAUCUUCAUAGAAGAGGCAUCACAGAUGGCACAGAAAUUCAGAGAGUAACAGACGGUGAUGUCAUAACUAUCUCUAAGCGAAUUACGACACUGGAGAUGAAGGAACUUAAUGAGCGACAAAGAGCUGAACAUUCUGUCCGGAUGUAUGAACAACAGAAGAAAGUACUUCAGGGUCUGGAUGACCGCAAUAAAGACUUGGAAACCAAAUUUUCAGAGAUCACCCAGUCGAACUUAGAGCUACAGAGAAUUGAGAGGGACUUACGAGAUGAGCUAUCAAAAUCUGUGACUAAAGCAGUGAGUGAUGCAGACAGAAAAAGGAUUAGUCAGCUAGAGGAGAUCGAGGUUACCCUCCGUAAUGAGAUCUCUAAACUCAAGGAAGUCUGUGAAGUCGCUACAUCCCAAGUGAAAACUCUGGAGACGUUACAACUGUCACGAGAGAAGGAAAAUGUAUCAUUACGACAACAAUUGCUAGACUUUCAGAUGCAGAGUGAUGAAAAAACAAUCAUAGGGAAGCUGCAUCGACACAUCGUCCAGUUACAAGUCAGUGAAGGGACAUCCGUCCGCAGACUUGAGGAGGCCAAUAAACGUGUAACAAAACUGGAAGCACAGAUUCUUCGAAUGGAGCAGAAACUUGAUGAUAAAAACCAGACCAUGGUCCACAACAAGGCAGAGGCUCAAAACAAGGCUAAACACCUGAAACGUAAUUUACAGGAAAUGCGUUUGCAGUUUGCUGGAGCCAUCCCUCUGUCCAAACAGGAAAAAUUCACAGUGAACAUGAGAAAGCUUCAUCAGGAUAAAACCAACCUGGAACUGGAACUGAAACAGGCGCGAGAGAAAAGAGAUGCAGUUGAGGACAAACUCGCUUCAUUGGAACUUCAGCAUCGAAGUCUCCAAGACUUGAUAGCCACCAUCAAGGACGGUCGUGGAGCAGCCAAGGUCGUGGAAUGGCACAGCAAGAUGGAUGCUGUUAGAUUGGAGGAGCUCAAACAGAAGCGACUCAAUGUUAAACUACAGCAACAGGUCCACUAUCUGGAGGGGAUGAUACGCACCAGUGAGGCCACAACCUCUGACCUUGAAGGAGAAAAUGUCAGACAAACUCAAGAGUAUGAAGAGAAACAGCUUCGCUGGGAACAGCGCGAGGUAGAACUGGAGAGAACUAUCGCCAGACUAGAAGACCAGGUGUCACAAAUCGCUGGAGCAGCUUCUAAGUUUGAAGAAGCAGUUGGUACCUUGCCAGAUGCCAAAUUACCUGUUGCAAAUCAACUUGAAGAAGCCAUAUCAACUAUCAGGGGAAAUGUCAAGAUCAUACUCGACACCCAAGCUGAGAAUAAGGCUCUUAAAAAGAGAAAUGCUGAACUUGAGAAACAGUUGCACGAGUCAGACAAGACAAUCCUUGCUCGUGAUAGACUUGUAGCUGAUCUCCGACUUCGUCUGCCAGCGUCAGCAGACAGGGACGAAAUGAUUCUCAAAACCACCUCACAGAUAACAGAGUCCAUGGCCAAGCCUCAGAAAGACAAAGAGUAUGAGAGCGAACAGUCCAUUAGGAUAGCCCAGUCGACCAUUUCAAGUCUCCAGGCAAGACUUCAACAAAAGGAGGAGACUAUAGCUAAAUAUCAGGAGCUUCUAAAGCAGGCACGUGAGGACAUGAUGGAGAUGAAUCGUCGCCAUGACAAGGAUCUGAAGGACAUGCAGCAAAAGCUUCAUCUCAACACAGACACAGCCUUCAACAAGUUCAAGGACGCAGCACGUGACCUGAUGGCGAAACAACUUGCCCAUCCCAUGUCUAGUAAACAGCUUGCUCGUUUGAAUGAGCUUGAGGAGCACUUGGCAGAUCAGGACAAUGCAAUGGCAGCCAUGAGUGAGAAAAUCCGUCAGAGAGAUGAAGAGAUUGCCAGUCUGAGGUCACGACUACAAAUUGAUUCUCGCAGUCACAAUGUGGAGAGGGAAAGGAUGACGGAGGAGACAAAGACGGAGAUUCAGACUAGGGAGCGUGAGGUGACAGAGUGUCAUCGCCAAAUAGAACACCACAAGAAAGAAGCAGACUUGCUUCGGGAAGAGAUUGAGGCCCUUAAGGAACAAAAUAACAGGGCACCCACGACUACCAUGAAAAAUCUUGUUGAUAGACUUAAAAACCAACUAGCCCUCAAAGAAAAACAACAUCAGGCCCUGAGUAAAGCCCUGACAGAGUUGAGGGCAGAUAUGGUCCAGCAGGCACAGGAGACCGUUACUCAACAAGCUCAGGAAUCUGCUCAGGAAACCAACAUUCAAAAAAUCAUUGAUUCACAUACCAAAGAAAUGGCUGACCAGAUUGAAGAUCUGCAAAAUGAAGGGGAUAGACUGAAAAAGGAAGUAAGGAAAAGGAAAGAACAGGAGUCAAACCUUCAGACAGAAUUAGAUGAUAUCCGCGAGGAAAUGUCAAGAAAAGAUCGUAAUUUACAUAGAGUCAAGGGAGAUAAGCAUCGCCUGGAACAGGAAGUUGAAGAGCUUGAAAAGAAAGUUGAGCGUAUGAGUACAAUGAAAACACAGAAAUCGGGAGACAAUGCAAGGCAACAAGAAUACGAUGAAAUGAGACGCAGAGUAAGACUUUUAGAAGAUGAGUUGAAACGUAAGCAGCAGCAACCAGAAAAACCAUACGAACGUCAGAAAGAGGCUCCUGCACCUCCAAAAGUUACACCAAGAGAAAAGUCGGAUGAAAUGAUCAAAUGGGAAGAAAGUAAGAAAUGGCAAAAGACAGUUGAGAAGAUGAAAGGAAAAGUUCGGGAGAAAGAAGCAGAGGUUGAAAAGAUGCAAAGGACAUCACAAAUGCUUAGAGAUCAGCUGGACAGAGCCUUGCGUGAGAAAGAAAGCCUAGAGAGGAAAAUUUUCAACCUCCAGAGGGCAGCAGCUGCACCAUCAGGACCUGCGGGGCCAUCAGGCAAACACGGCAAGGCUGAUCAUGAGAUGGAGGCUCUCCGCACCAAAAAUUUCCAUCUCCAAGAAGAGGUUUCUAGUCUCCGUCAACAACUUGCUUUGGGCAAAGAUGCUGCUUUCCAGGAACUGCAGGUAAAAAACACUUACCUUGCCCAGCAGCUGGAGCAGAUGGAGCAAGUUGUUGCCCACAAGUCUUCCGUCGCCUUUACAGAGCCUGGACAGACCGCCUCCCCCUUUGGUGCCAAAGAGUACCAGGAUUUGUUUGAGAAAAACCAGAACCUGCAGCGACAAGUUCUGACCCUGUCAGAGGAAAAUAUUGAACUCAAGUUUGAAUCUGAACAGUUGAGAAAGGAUACACCUAGACUCAAGGAAAGAAUCAAAGAUCUACAGAAAUACGUGGAAGCUUUGAAGUUAGAGAACUCCCAGCUAGGUGGCAACAGCACAACUCGGUCCUUAGAUUCUUCUGGUUCAAGUGGUGUGCGAAGGAUUGGAGACAGUGGUAAGAGUACACGUGAACUGGAAAAAACUGUUGCACUUCUCAAGAAGGUGGUAGAACGUGUUCAGGCGGAGAAUGAACAACUCAAACGUGGAUCCAACGCCACAACACAACUUACCAGUCUCAAACUGGAGAAUGAUGGACUAAAGUCCCAGCUUGAUGAAUUGAGACAGAAGAUGGGCGCGACAUUGAGUGAGCGAUACAAUACUACACAGAAAGGGACUGCCAAGAUGAUGUCGGACUAUGAGAAGAUGAGGAAAGAUCUUAUUAAGGAAAUGGAGAGCAACGAGAAGCUACGAGUUGACAUCCGUAACCUUGAGCUACAGAAGGAACAGAUCGCAGCUCAGCUAAGUGAAGCCCGAUCAAUGUCAGCUACAGGUGGGGAUAGACCCACGCUACAAACUACUAUGGAUUCCAAGGGCUGGAAGUCAGCAGUCGUCACACGCAUGUACGAGGGAAAACUCAAGGACCUGGAAACAGAUGUUAGCAAAAAGAAUAAGAUGUUAGAUGACAUGAAGUCCCUGCUGAAAGAAGCAGCAGAGAGGGAACAGCUGCUACUACAGGAAAGAGACGGUCUCAAACAACAGUUGGCUAUCCUGGAGAGGUUUCCAGCGGGCGGUCAGAAGUCAGAGGGAGGAGCAGUGAGAGAAAAUCAGCAGCUCAGACUGAAAGUUGACAGAUUAGAAAAUGAGAAGAAAGAGUUAAAUUAUCAACUACAGCUUCUAAGACAAGGAAGUGAACAGCCAAGUGAAGAUAUGCUUGCCAAAGUCAGUGCCUAUGAUCGCCUUAUGAAUGAGAAUGUGGAACUCAAGAUGAAUCUCAAAACACUAUCAACAGAAAAAGACCGACAAAGACUGGAGACAGAGAGGUUGAAGAAAGAGCUCAACAACUUCGGCCCAGACUUUUUCGAGGAGGUUGAAGACUUAAAGUAUAAUUACAAACAGUCAGUGGAGAAAAAUGUUUUAUAUGAGGAAAAACUACAGCAGUUAUCACAACAGCUGGGAAUAGAUAUCACAAUUCCUGGGAUACACUGACCAAAACUCCAUGGAUACUCUGACGAAAGAGAGACCAGGCAUUCUUCGUUUAAAUAUUUGUUUAUGAUUGGCUGAGGUGAAAUUAUAGAUCUCUGACCAUGUGAUAACCAGUUUUCUGUCAUAGUGGAAAAAAAUAUAUCAAGUAGUAGUUGAUAACUAUUCAGGAAUAAUUAUAGGAAAAAAAAUUUUCUGCAACCAUCGUCUUUUCUUAAAUGGUUGUUGGAACUUUUUUUUGCAAUCAUAACACAAAUAGCUCUCAUCUAGCAGUGACUAUGUAUAUCCUUGAAACGUUGUGGAAAAAUGAGUCACUAGGUAAAUUCUAUUGAUAGCAAAUUGUUAGUGUGUGCUAGUGUGUAUGUUGCCUUUGACCUUUAUA